CAAAAACCCACAACAUUUCAACUGUUUAAAACUUACCAUAGACAGUAAAUUCUUUAAAUAAUGCUCUGUUAUUGUUGCGAAAUCUUAUAAUAAUGAUUUGUUAUUGGUGCAAUUGAAAUGUAAGCACUCUUUACUAUAUAUAUUAUAUACUAUAAAGAAGCUCCGCUCUCAUUUGCAUCAAAUUUUCCGGCGAGUUCUAAGAUUCCUCCCCACCCCACCAUCUUGAUCUUGGUUUCUACACCCCGCUUGAGAAUUUUCUUGCCACCUUUUUCUCUAUUAUAGGCCGCUAUAUGCUUCCAUUUUUAGUAAUCUGGUUUUCUUUUUAGUAUUCAGGUUUCGAGUUUUUAGGCGGUGCAAUUGUAUGAUCAUUUCCUCAAGAAGCUGAGAUUUGAGGGGUCUGCUUGCGUUAUAGGUCUGUUCUUUUACUUGAGUCCUGUGAUAUAUGUAGUCUCAGUUGGGAAACUUUUGAGUUUGGAGGAUUUUUUUAUUUUUCGAAAUAAUGUCAAAAAGAUUCAAUAUUGGGAUUUGAUAGAGAAAUGGAGUAAAGAGUUUUCACAGGUUUUUAAGGUGAAGUCUACAGAAUAAAGAUUUUGUUUAAUUUAUUUGAGUUUUCCAAGUUGGAAAAUUUGUGGGAUGGUAAUGAAACAAACUGCCUAUUUAGUUUCAUCGAGGAAUACAGUAUGGGGAUUGACAUUCGAUGAUAAUUAUGAAUUGGGUUCUGUGAGAAAAUUAAGGAAUUUUUCUGGGAUUUGUGGAGGCAUUAGCGAUGAACAGUUUGCAAUUGGAAAUAUCUGAUUGGUGAAAAAUUAGUUUAUGUGGUUCCAAAGGAAGAAAAUUCAAAAAAAGAAGAAGUUCAAUUCUGGUGAAGAUAUAGUCUAUGAGUUUUGCUAAAAUGAAGGUUCCUUCCAAUGGAUAUAUGGCCAAUACGGGAGAAGGAGGGGAAAAUGUGAUUAAUUCAGAGUUAUGGCAUGCUUGUGCCGGACCAUUGGUUUCUUUGCCUCCUGUUGGAAGUCUCGUCGUCUAUUUUCCUCAAGGUCAUAGUGAACAAGUGGCAGCGUCAAUGCAUAAGGAGGCUGAGAGCAUCCCAAGUUAUCCAAACCUUCCUUCAAAGUUGAUUUGCAUGCUGCAUAAUGUCACCUUACAUGCUGAUGCUGAAACCGAUGAAGUCUAUGCUCAGAUGACUCUUCAACCUGUAAGCAAUGCAAGUCAGUACGACCAGGAAGCGCUACUUUUAUCUGAGAUGGGACUUAAGCAAAGCAGGCAACCUUCUGAGUUCUUCUGCAAGACUCUUACAGCAAGUGAUACGAGUACGCACGGCGGUUUCUCCGUACCUCGUCGAGCAGCCGAGAAGAUCUUUCCUUCUCUGGAUUUUUCGAUGCAGCCUCCUGCUCAGGAGCUAGUGGCUAAAGAUUUGCAUGACCAAUCAUGGACAUUCAGACAUAUAUAUAGGGGUCAACCCAAAAGGCACCUGUUGACAACUGGAUGGAGUGUAUUUGUUAGCUCUAAAAGACUUACGGCAGGCGAUUCUGUCCUUUUCAUAAGAGACGAAAAGUCACAUCUUCUCUUGGGUAUAAGACAUGCUACCAGACAGCAGCCUGCUAUCUCCUCGUCUGUCAUAUCUAGUGACAGCAUGCACAUGGGAGUUCUUGCAGCUGCAGCUCAUGCGGCUGGGAACAACAGCCCAUUUAAGAUAUUCUACAACCCAAGGGCUAGCCCUUCUGAAUUUGUUAUUCCUCUUGCAAAGUAUAACAAAGGAAUGUAUACCCAAGUUUCAUUAGGUAUGCGUUUCAGGAUGAUGUUUGAGACUGAGGAAUCCGGAGUCCGCAGGUACAUGGGUACCAUUACUGGCAUUGGUGAUUUGGACCCAGUGCGAUGGACAAAUUCACAGUGGCGUAACCUUCAGGUUGGAUGGGAUGAAUCUACUGCUGGGGAACGUCCUAGUCGAGUAUCAAUUUGGGAAAUCGAACCUAUUGUGACUCCCUUCUAUAUUUGUCCACCACCAUUUUUCAGACCUAAGUUUUCGAAACAACCAGGUUUCCCAGAUGAUGAUUCCGAUAUAGAGAAUAUUUUCAAGAGAGGCAUGCCCUUGAUUGGAGAGGACUAUGGUUUAAAAGAUACCUCAAGCUUCAUAUUCCCCGGGAUGAGUUUAGUUCAGUGGAUGAACAUGCAGCAGAAUCAACAGUUCACAGCUAAUCAGUCUGGACUUUUCCCGGACGGGCUCUCUUCAACUAACCUACACGGUAACCUUGGAACUGACGACUGCUCCAAGCUGUUGAAUUUCCAAUCCCCGGCCUUUGCUUCCCAAAAUCUCCAACUCAGCAAAAUCAAUCAACAAGUUGGACAACUUCAACAGCAGCCGUCUUCUGCGUGGCCCCAACAGCAGCCGCUGCAGCAAAUGUUAACGUCUUCUAUAAACCCUAUAAAUAAUGGUGUAGCUCCUGACCAGAAUCCAUAUCAAAAUUCACAGCAAACAGCAAUUAUCUCCCAACAACUUCAGCAACAACAGUUACUAAGAGGCAAUACACAAAUGCAGCAAAAUGUUCCCUCAGCAAACAAAAGUACAGUACCCAUGAUAUCUUUACCUCAGGACACUCAGUUUCAGCAACAUAUUGAACAACCAUCUAGCCUUGUGCAGAGGCCCCAGCAACAGCAGACAGAAAUGCAACAAACUCGGCCACAAUUUCCGCAGCCAAUCUCAAUACAAAAGCCACAAGGGAAACAGACAUCACAACAGAGUAUUUCGGAACAUCAGCUGCAAAUGCAGAUUCUCCAGAAACAUCAGCAGCAACAGCAGCUGCAACAGGUGCCGUCCCCUGUAAGUUCUUUUUUGGAGCCUCCGUUUUCCCAACAACAACAGGCUCUUCAACAAAACCAGCAAGCUCAGCAUUUCAGCAGCACCGGCUUUUCAGCAUCAACACUUGUGCAAUCACCACAAUUUCCUGUCAACCAACUCUACAGCCAGCAAAAGUCUACGUUCACUGUCAAAUCACAUUCCGAACCAGCUGAUGCGGCUGGCCCAUCAUGUUCAACCGCACCUUGUACAAACAAUAUGCAAGCUUCGCUGUCGAACUUUCUGAACAGAAAUCAAUUGGGAUCAGCUGCAUUACUUGAUAAUUCGGUUAUUCAUCCUGUUCCUAGUUUAGCUCCAGAGUCUCAUAGCAAGGCUGAUAUCCUAAUAAAAAGUGAUUUACCUAGUUAUAAAGGACCGAAGCAGCCUAAAUACCGAAAUACAGCUAAAGAUCACUUGGAUGCAGCUUCAAGCGCAACAUCGUAUUGCUUGGAUGCUAGUGGGCGGCAGAACUUUUCUCUUGCUGGCUUGGAUGGUGACAUUCAAUCACAUCCCCAGAGCAGUCUUCCUUUCACAAGCAGUAUUGAUGGAUUGACACCUGAUGCUUUGUUGUCAAGGGGUUGUGAUUCCGGGAAGGAUAUCCAAAACUUGCUCUCUAAUUACAGUGGUAAUCCAAGGGAUAAUGAAACAGAAUUUUGCUCUGCUGGAAUCAAUUCUCAAACAUUUGGGUUGCCAAAGAUGUCAUUUAACGCCAGUUGUUCAAAUGAUGCUGGGAUCAAUGAGGCUGGUGUUUUAAAUAGUGGGUUGUGGCCAAACCAGAUUCAGCGUAUGCGAACAUACACAAAGGUUCAAAAACGUGGCUCUGUGGGUAGAACUAUUGAUGUCACUCGUUACAAGGGGUACGAUGAACUUAGGCAUGAUCUAGCCCGUAUGUUUGGUAUCAAUGGACUACUUGAAGAUCCACAACGAUCUGAAUGGAAACUUGUCUACGUAGACCAUGAAAAUGACAUGUUACUUGUUGGCGAUGACGCUUGGGAUGAGUUUGUGAGCUGCGUUCAGAGUAUAAAGAUACUGUCCUCUGCUGAGGUACAACAAAUGAGUUUAGAUGGAGAUUUAGCUCAGCCUCCUGCCCCAAACCAAGCAUUCAGUGGAACAGACAGUGGUAAUGCUUGGAGAGGACAGUAUGAUGAUAAUUCUGCCAACUCUUUUAAUCGGUGAAAGCAUUGCAGAGAUUAACUUUUAUCAGCAGGAAAUGUUAGAAUGUAGAUGUAAAUUUCUUGUACCAUCGAAUGUUAAAAAGCUUGUCUGAAAUUUUUUGAAGUGCU